UGCGGGCCCUCGCCCUGCGCCUCGCCGGUGCCUGCGCUGCCGGAGGGCAGCGCUGCAGCCGCGGGCAGGCUCCGGCACCGCCGCCACUCGCCGGAGCCGCCCAGGAGCUCCCCGGAGAGGAAGAGCCCCAGCUCGCCGGUCUGCAAAGCUGACAAAUCAAGACCACCUUCCUCGAGCCCUUCCAGUAUUAUCCGCCGCACUUCCUCACUGGAUACAUUUGCUGCCCCAUAUCUYGCUGGACAGUGGCCUCGUGAUAAUCAUGGUCAAGCUGUUCCAUGUAUGAGAGACAAAGCCACACAGACAGAAAGUGCCUGGGCUGAAGAAUAUUUAGAAAAGAAGAAAAACUCACACAAGCGUUCAGCAUCAUGGGGCAGUAACGAACAACUCAAGGAGAUUGCAAAGUUACGUCAACAUUUGCAGAGGAGCAAGCACAGCAGUAGGCACCAUCGGGAUAAGGAAAGACAGUCUCCGUUUCACGGUAACCACGCAGCCAUUAACCAUAGCCAGCCUCCCAUUCCAAAGAGUGCUCUUGUUCCUGUGAUACCUAUUGCCAAAUCAACAGGAUCGCGAUUCCGAAACAGCGUAGAAGGACUGAAUCAAGAGAUUGAGAUAAUCAUUAAGGAGACAGGAGACAAAGAAGAGCAGCUUGUACCCCAAGAUAUUCCAGAUGGGCACCGUGCUCCCCCCCCAGUGGUUCAGCGUAGCAGUAGUACCCGCAGCAUCGAUACCCAAACGCCYGGUGGAGCAGACAGAGGUAGUAACAACAGCAGCCGUUCCCAGUCAGUGUCUCCAGCCUCGUUUCUCACCAUCUCUACUGAGGGCAGUGAGGAAAGUCCAUGUUCCACAGAUGAUCCUCUUGCUGAAUCCAGAGACAAAGAGAAUGGGAAUAAUUCUCCACUGCCAAAAUACGCUACCUCACCAAAACCCAAUAACAGCUACAUGUUCAAGCGUGAACCUCCAGAAGGCUGUGAAAAGGUGAAGGUCUUUGAGGAAAGCUUGCCAAAGCCAUUGCAUGAAAUUCCAGCCUUCUACUGCCCUGACAAGAACAAAGUGAAUUUCAUUCCUAAAAGUGGCUCUGCUUUCUGUCUUGUCAGCAUCCUCAAGCCUCUUCUUCCCACACAGGAUCUUACACGCAAGGCCACUGCUCACAGUCUGACUGUCUCCUCUGGCAUGACACCCAGUUUGUUACAGCCCAUUGCUGUGGCUUCCCUAUCUGCAAGCACAGAUCAAGACAGGAUCUCUCGUGGAACAAGUAUGAUAAUACCACAGACCUCUUUACUCCAGCAAUCAGGACAUACUGAAGAAGCUGAGGGAUAGGUUUGGAUUGUUUAGACAUUUUUUUUCUGGGAAACUCCUGGGAAAAAUUUGGAACCAGUUGACUGGACCUUCCUGUUCACACUAUUUGCAUUUUAAUAACUUGUGGCACUGUCAUAAAUAAACUGCUUGUACCUAUGACAAUUUGGUAAUAUGCUGAAAAGUUCAGGAUGAUGCAGCAGCAGAUGUUCUGUCUGCACUUUCUGAAGACUCCAGUUCUGUUUUCUCGCCUGCUUUUUUAAACACUGGUGAAAAUGAAGACUGUCAAUCCUUUGCCUUUUAAAGGACCGGUUCUUGUGAUACAGCGUGUCCUUUGACUUCUUUUUUCCACAAAAACAAAUCUCAAGACCAACCAGCUGACCCCGUUUGCUGUUGUGAUCUGCAAAGGGAGGGGCAAUCAAAUGGUUUUGCAAGAUGUCUUUUGUAUGAAAAUGUGUAUUUUAUAACAAAAACUUGCUUUUUCUGGUGCAUAGCAAA